CGCCUCUGGAGAACAUCAACCGGGCUUGGGCCUUGGUCGACGCCGGCCAAGACCCACCCACUUGCUCCCGCUCGUUCGAAGACCCUCCCUCCCUCUCUCUCUCUCUCGAUCGAAUCAGAGGGUAGCGAGUUGCAGGCGGAGAUGGACGCAAUGGGGGCGUUGAUCGCAUGGCUGAGGAAGACGGACAACGUCAUCCACGUGGGUUUAACGGCGGUGUUCGGGACGCUCGCGUUCCGCUCGGCGACGCAGCAGCAGCAGAUCGAGCUCCUCCAAGAGGAGAAGGGCGCCCUCCAGAAGCAGAACAAGACCCUCAAAAGCAUCAUGUGGCAUUGGAAGCAGGAGCUCUUCCGAGAGGCUUCCGUUCCUGGCUCCCCCAUCUCCCUUCCUGGGCUGAAGUCCAUCUACGGCGAAGCCGAAGUCCCCUCUUCCUCCUCUCCAGAUAAUGGUGGAGGGACCACGAAUUCAGCAUCUACAGCACCAAAAUUCGUAGUCUGAGAGCAUAGUUGAGCGAUCUAAAGUUUCAUUUUUCCUUUUCUUUAUGUCACUUACAAUCAUGCUUUUCUUCUCCAAUACCAAAAUUUGUAGUUAGGGUUGUCUUUUCCCUUA